AUGCCUCUCAAUCUCCUGUACCUCCCCAGCGAGGUCAUCGCCUUGAUCGGCUGGUGUCUCGAUUCUCGCCGGGAUAUCAGAGCUCUAAUUGAAACUCAUCCUCGGUUUGCAUGCCAGAUGCAGCUCUGGGAAUCCUACCACUGUAUUGAAGGCAAUUCCUUCAUGCAUGAGAGCGGCCUUCUGUUCGCGUGCAAGACCGGGAAUGAGAUCAUUGCCCGUGAAUUAAUGAAAGAUGGCGCAUGCGCCUGGGCAAACUCUCGAUUUUCUCGUUCCUGGACGGACAUCGUCUCUUACCCAUUGCCCAUUGCCGCACGCAAUGGCUUUUGCAGCAUAGUAAAAGUUCUCCUGAAGCACAGCGACCCUAUCAUCCCCCACUCCGAGAAGUUCGAUUUCAUCAUGCUUCAGGCUAUCAAGGCGGGUUCUAAGGAAACUGUCGAGGUUCUUCUCAGCAUCAAGGAUGACAAGAUAGAUCCCGAUUUCCAGCUGCGUAGACGAAAGCGUCACCGAUACUUGGGUUCAGUAAAACCAGGAUGUGGACCAGACACUCCCCUCAAAACAGCAAUGGCACUAGCGAAUGAAGAAAUCACACGCCUUCUCUUGGACGAUGGACAAUUCGUAUUCAACAUGAGCAGUCUAGGAAUCGCUGCAGCGGCAGGUCUCGAUGACCUUGUCAAGAUGAUUCUGGAAAAUCCAUACCCAACUCGCACAGCGAUUGCUGACGCCGCACGAGGCGGACACAUGAGCACUCUCAAAAUAUUGGUACAAGAUGGGAGGUUGGAUCCUAAUCAGCCGGAUAAGAUGGGCUGGGCAGCACUUCACUACGCGGUUUAUUAUGGAAUGAUGGAUAUGCUCCAAUUCUUGCUUGGUGUUGAAUGCAUCCGUCCUGAUUUUCGCUCUGAUGACCGGUUGGGUGGUAAUCAUACACCUUUCUCCGAGGCUGCACAGCACGGAGAUAUCAAAAUGAUGAAAAUUCUAAUGCGAACACGCAAGGUUAGCGCUCAUUACAUCACCUGGAGUUCAUGGACACCACUACAUCACGCGGCCUAUGCUGGAAGUGCCAAAGCUGUGUGUUUCUUGCUUGCCCAAGGCGUGCAAAUUGACCAGCAUGACGAAAACUUUCCGAGUCCUUUUGCCCUGGCCGCAGCAGGUGGUUAUUUGGACGUGAUGAGAAUCCUACACAGCACGGGGAAGGUGGAUAUUGAAAGCUUGGGCCAAGAAGACCGUACGCCAUUGUCGUACGCAGCUGGAGGGGGUAACCCGGAAGCUGUAGCAUUUUUGCUUGCCAAAGGAGUGAACCCAGAUCCCAAGGACUCUAAGGGCCGAACCCCCCCUGUUAUAUGCCGCCCAGCAGUGCAACAGUUCUGUGGUGAAGGUUUUGCUCGCAAUUGGUAA